AUGGAGAUGCAGGACAAUGAGCUAAACGGUCCUAUUCCAACAAGUCUUGGAUUUCUUGAAAGUCUGCAGAAGCUAAAUCUCUCCAAUAAUAGACUCUAUGGGGAAGUUCCUAAUACGGGUUUCAACCUCUCUUUUUUGACGGUAAUUGAUUUAAGAAACAAUAGUCUCUCUGGAAGUCUUCCUACAAAUAUUUGCAAUAAUCUUCCAAAUUUGGAGACGUUGAGAAUUUCUCAAAAUCAAAUAAGUGGUAACAUUCCUCCAAGCUUGGGAACAUGCAGGAAGCUUCAAAUACUUGUUCUGUCGUACAAUAAUUUAUCUGGAAGCAUUCCAAUGGAAAUCGGAAACUUGUCAAAGCUUCCAACUCUCAACCCAGGAAAAAAUAAUUUGAUAGAUUCCAUCUUCAAUCUCUCCAUGUUACGAAUACUCAAUUUGAAUAACAACAGUACCUCUGGAAGUCUUCCAUCAUCAAUAACCAAUGGGCUCCCUGAUCUAGAAGGUCUCUAUCUUUAUAACAACCAAUUGAGUGGAGAAAUUCCUGCCUUUAUUUCAAAUUUUCCUAUGCUUACUGAAUUGGAACUUGGUCGCAACUCUUUCAGUGGUACGUAA